AUGGAGCAUCUGCAGGGCCCCCGGAAGCCCCUGUCUGUGAGAAGAGCCAGGUCCCUGGACAGAUCACCGAACCCCUGGAAAGACUCAGAGUCGUGGGGCUGCCAGGGCUCUUCCCCGCCCACUGCGUCCUCCAGACAGGCGCUUCCCAGGAGCGCCAGUGACAGGAGCAGGCAUCCCAAGAGCCGAAGGGCUUCGGAGGCUCCAGCCACCACAGGCACAGCCCUCAGCCAGGAGGGGACCAAGGAGUUUCUCCCCAGGGAGCAGAGACCUCCGAAGGAUGCCAAGAAGGACAAGGCCCAGAGUCGGGCCCAGCAGGGGUUGCUGAAGACCGUGAUGAACUUCUUCCUGAGGACAGGCCCUGAGGAGACCAGAGAAAAGGCCAGUAGAAGAGCAAAGGGGAAGGAGGGCCUCCCCCAGCCCGCAGAAGCCCCCGAGUCACCGGGGGAGCCAGCUCCCAGAAAGAAAGCCCACGACAAGAAGGCCAGCCGCAAGAAGCACAGUCACAAGAAAUAUGCUGAUGAGCAAACCAGGGGGGUCCAAGGUCAGGAAGUCCAAGGCCAAGAGGCAGCGCUGCCCCAGACAGCUGCUGUCUUGCGCUCUGAAGAGGCUGACCAGGGGCCAGGACCCAGGGGCGGGGAGGAUACUGGUGUCCACCAGUCCUUGCUCAUCCAAGGCCAGGAUGCUGGUGUCUCGGCGUCUUCUUCCCAAGCCACGGGCCGCUGUCAGGAAGAGGAGCUCAAAAAGCUGGACAAGGACACUAUCAUCCGGAUGAUAGUGCAAAUGCUCCGGGAAGUGGGAGACCGGUGGGAAGAAGAGCAGCUUCUAGCCUCUCAGCUAGAGGUGGCUCCACAAAACCCAGCACCACCCCUCAGGAAGAAAUCCCAGGAAAAGAAGUCUAACCUCAAGAAAAGCUUUUCUCAUAAGAAACACAGCUCUGAGGAGCCCAAGAGAGCGGGGGCCGCCGAUGUCUCCAGCCCGGAGUCCCGGCCGUCCAAGAGGCCCAGCUUUCUGUACAUGUGUGUUGGGGGCCAUCGGCCCUCCAUCUCCAGCAACCUUGGCCUGGAAGAACCUGAAGCUCAAGAGGCCUUGUCUACAGAUUGUGGGAGUCCAAGUCCCUUCGAACUUUCCACCCAAGCAGGAAGCCGGGGACCUGGAGAGGACUUGCAGCUGGACAGAGACUCAGAAUGCAAAAAAUUUAUCCAGGAGAUCAUCGCCCUACUCCAAGAUGAGGAGGAACCGGAGGGAGAGAAGCAGCUUCACGUUCAGGAGCCAGAGGUGGCUGUAGAACACCUGAGCCCACCCUGCAGGAAGAAAUCCCAAGAGAGAAAGUCCAGCUUCAUAAAAGCCUUUUCUCAUAAGAAGCAUGGCUCCAAGGAGCCCAAGAAGGGGGGAGUUGCAGGUGCCACCAGCCCAGAGUCCCGGUUGCUCAAGAGGCCCACCUAUCUGGCCCUGUGUGUUGGGGGCAAUCGGCCCUCCAGUGCCAGCAGCCUUGAGCUGGAGGGCCUUGAGUUCCAGGAGUCUUCGCCUGCAGAAGGGGGACGAGUUGGAUCCUCAGAAGCAUCCUCCCAGGCUGGAAGCCACAAGCCGGAAGGGAGACCUCUGCCGGAUGGAGCAUGUGAAUCUAAGAAGCUGAUCAUCCAGAAGCUGGUGGUCCUUCUCCAAGAAGUGGAUGGCCAUUUGGGGGAGCAGAUCAGGCGAUACCCCAGCUUUAAGAGGUUUUUUUACCAGCUCCCAGAUGAGUCCCUCGUAAAGCUGACCGCCACCCUGCGCAGACAGGGCGCCUGCUGCCCGGAGUCCGACAGGAACCCCGCUGAGAGGCCCUACCAGUUUGCCUUUGGCUUGGCCAACAGUCGUCACAACGCCCUCAGCCUGAUGGGCCUGCGCUACCCCCAGUUCCCGAACCGGGAGGCCCCGCAGAACAUCACAAGCCCUGAGGUACAAAGUCCAGACUGAAAGCUGUGCUUCCCACUCAAGCACGCCCUUGAACAAUCCAAACGACUGGUGGCUUUAGCCAGGACACCCUGAGGAUGCUUCAUAAUUGUCCCAAUUCAGGGCUUCGCAGGCAUGACUGCAGACAAGAGCGAAUGACCGUUCUGCAUCCUCCUGUAGUCAUGGGCUUAUUGAGACUGAGGAUGCACGAAGAAUUCUUCCUCAGAACGAGCGGCAGAGACUAUGCUGGGAGAAACAAGCACUGGAGUGGGAGUUAGGAGACUCGGGCAUCCAACUGCUGACCUGCUUCAAACGUGCUGCAAGGCCUGGUGUACCCCUGUCCUCUCCAGACCUUGGGUUCUGGGCUGGACGAGGUGACCCAUUAUAUGCCUUCUGGUUCUGUACUGCUAAAAUCUGUCUAAACAGGGUAGGGAGUGUUUUAUUCUGUGGCUAAACAUAACCUCCCCACUGAGCUGGAGGCACUCACCAAAUGAAUGAAUGAAAUGGUGGAGAACUCCUAAGAUCCAGGCAGUGUGUUAGGCAUUCACGGGAGGCCUCGCUUCUCAGCUGGAAUUACACAGCCAGUGAUUCUAUCCCUAAACUGUGGGGCGGGAGGAAACGGGCGGGGGGGUGGGGGGUGCUGCCUCGAUGAGCACGGCCUGGAGAGUUGGGCCAGGACUCGAAGCCCCUGCAUUCUGCUGACAACCCUAGUGCCAACUUAACCUGCCCUUGGGUUUUUACUUUUAUUUGAGAGUUACUAAAUCCUUAACCUUAUUUCUUUACUGCUUGAUUCACAGAGCUAAAAACAUGCCACUAUCAUAUAGUGGCAAAUGACUUGCUGACAUUUUUUCAGAUGUUGCUGUUAAUGAGUCUUUAGCUUUAAAAGUAAAUUUUUGUUUAAUCUCUCACUAGAACAUCCAGAUGCGUUUAAACAGGUAUGCCUCUAUAGGCAACACAUAACUUGCUCAGGUCACAGUGCUUACCGCCCAUACAGAUUUGUAGAUCCCUCCCAGGAGGUCUGCCUGCCCAGCUAGGGAAGGCCUAUGGACUGGGGAUCACCGGUUCCAGAAACCUUCCAAACCUGUGUCCUGUCAUUCCAUCACCAGAGAAACGAAGCUGAUGCCUUUCAGCUCCCCCAUCUCAUGGGGGUUUGCCAAGAGUCAGUGAGAACGUGAAUGUGAAGGGUUCUGAAAACUGCAUAGCCCCAUGUCCAUGUAUGUCAUUUGUAUUACAGGCCCAAUCUGGUAGUUUUCAGGGAACUGGGGGGGGGGGGCGGGCUUCGAGCUGGACGACCACGGACAGUUGCACGGGUGUGCUCUGCUCAGGAGCACCAUGGCCCAGGGCGUGCUGUUCUCUUCCUAGAUGUGGUAGGUUUGUAGAUUUAUGACGACAGUUUUCCAGCUGAUGGCAGUGGUCUUGAGAAAGGGCCCCUUUUUGCUUUUGUUUAAAGGUGAUGUGUGGGCUGUUAGGGGCUCUGCCUUCUGCAACUGAACAGUUUCAAGAGCUUGGCUCUGGUGCACGCAAGAGGCCGUAGGGGAGAGGGAGUUAACACCUGGACGGCAAACGCAGUCUUGUCACCCUUGAAGGACAUGGUGUUGCGGCAUGGAACCUGUGGCGAGCACUGUGGGGUGGGACUGGGGUGGGGGGCGGGGAGGACACGUCCAGGGCAGAGGCCUUGGGUGCUUAGAUGGGACUGACCUCAAACCUGAGGCAAAGUUCAGGAAUUUCAGCUAAGCAUAUUCUGAAAGUCACUUAGCAUUGUUGCUUCUAAGAAGUGUGGGAGAGGCGAGGUAUUUAUGGGUUUAUUUGAGGCAGCGUUUAGGACUACAGUGCCAAAACUUGAAGGAUAGGAGUCAGUUCUAGAUGGGGGUCAGGAACCUUCUGUGUGUGGUUUCUCAGGUGGAACGACAUUCUUUGAGC